AGUGUGUUCACCAAAAAGGAGAGGAGGAAAAAAGCAGCACACUGAAAAAGCUAGAAUGCUUUUCCUGCAUUGCUAGGAAUUUAGCUUUACUGUCAUCUUUAGGGCUGUGGGAUAUGAAACAAAAGGUCUCUGCUGUUGGGCUUUCACAAUAGAGGACAGCAGCUCCAGAUGAGCGUAAUUGCUGCAGCAGCACAGAAGUCAGGCAGCAGCAGCAGCAACGGUGACAUGCAGUCGGCCGCAGUGGCUCCUUCCUUCAUCCCCAGCCAGCCGGGGAAGAUACCGGGCAGGAAGAGGGGGAGGCCCCCCCUCCGCAGCGUGGCUAAGAUGGAUUUCCCUAACCGGUACCCCGAGUCACUCCCACCACUCAAAGUGCCGAAGAAAAGGGGGAGAAAGCCCGGCUUCAAGCUCAAACCUCGGAUGGUGAUGACCCCUUUGGCAAUUUCUCCACCCAGCAGCACCCCUGAGCCUGAUAUGAGCUCUAUUCCUCAGGACGCUGCAACCAUCCCACAUUCUGCCACCGCUCAGGUGCUAACAGUUUGCAUCUACAUCAACAAGCAGGCCCACACCGGCCCCAACCUGGACAGGAAGAAGAUCCAGCAGCUUCCUGAUCACUUCGGACCCGACAGACCGUCGGUGGUGCUGCAGCAGGCCGUCCAGGGCUGCAUCGACAGCGCCUUCCAGCAAAAAAACGUGUUCACUCUUCUCACGCAAGGCUACGGAGGAGAAAAGAUAUCAGGUGCUGUACCAAGACCUCGACCAGCCACAUUUGAUGGGAAGCAGCAUCUUCUGAGCCUCCCUGUGGUGAACAGCAUCGACUAUGUGCUUCGUUUUCUCAAGAAGCUUUGUCGCAGCCUGCACUGUGAAAACCUCUUCAGCGAUCAGCCCAUUAGCCAGCGCAGCGGUGGAUCCUAUCAGUCAGAUGCUGAAACAUCCAUGACUGAGGACUAUCAUGGAGACCAGUCAGAAGCCAAGCGCUACUCUGUCGACCACGGCGAUUCUGCUUUCGGCUCCAUAAGCUCGUCCUACUCGUCAAAGUCCUCCUAUGGGUUUCGCUCUUCGCAGCAGUUCUCCAGCAGCUCAGGCGCCAUGACUAUGUGCAGACAGCCGGCCUCAAGCCCUAACAUGUUUCCAGAUGGAAACAGGACAGGAGGAUACAGCAUGCCUCCAGAAUCCCAGGAAUCUAAAGCUCCAGCCAAUAAGGACCCAACCACCUGGUCUGUAGAUGAUGUUGUUUGGUUCAUCAGAGACGCAGAUCCUCAGGCUCUAGGCCCCCACGCUGACAUCUUCAGAAAACACGAAAUAGACGGAAACGCGCUGCUGCUCCUGAAAAGCGAUAUGAUCAUGAAGUACCUCGGACUGAAGCUCGGGCCGGCCUUGAAGCUGUGUUACCACAUCGACAAACUAAAGCAGACAAAGUUUUGAAAACUGUGCCCGGCUCUACGUUCGGUAGAACGUUCAAGAGGGG